UGUGUCUUGGCGGAGCCGAGUGAGCGCAGCGGCCGAGAGAAGGGGACACUGAGAACUUGGGGGAGGUGCUGUGGGAGUAGAACAGGUGACGCGGGCGGAGCCAACCUGCAGAACGUCUGAGUGUGUGCGUGUGUGCGUGAGUGUGUGCGUGUGCGUGUGUGUGUCGACGUCCCGGCUCGGACAGGUGCGGACGGAAAGUUGUCCCCCCAGCCCCCGUGUGUGCGUGUGUUCCGUGGGAAGUUUGGAGACUUCCUCUGCACCUCCCGUACCUUCUUACCAUAAUAGGUGCUUAAUAAACGUGGGUGGAAUUGACACUAAAUCUAGGGUGCCGCCCACUCCAGUCCCUCCGUCUUUCCCAGAAAUCGCAUCAGAUUGUCUCGUUUAGCUCCCUACCAUAGGCCUCCGCACUAGAUCAGGGGACCUUCGUGGAGGAGGUAGAAUUUGAUGUGAAAAAAAUAGGAAAGAAGUAGCGAAGCAUUAGGCAGAUUUGAGAAGGAAAUGCUAUGUCUAAGAGUGAAGUAUCGAGGAACAGUGGGAGACAAGGGUGGGGAAAAGCACAGUGGGGUCAGAGCAUAGAGUAUCAGGACGAGACACGGUCAGCAGGGUGGAUUGUAUGGGACGGAUCGGGGACUGACAGGACUAAAACUAUUUUGGUACAGUUAUUCUAGAGGUUCCAUCCAGGACUAGAGAGGGGAAGGGACUAGUGCAGGGAACCAGUUAGGAACGCUUGGUAGUGGUAGUAGUCCUGAAGCAAGCUGUUGUGGACCUGAAUGAUGAUGGUGUCGGUGGUGGGUAAGGAUACAAAUGACAUUGCAAAAGAAGACUCAGAAGGAUCUGGUGACUAACUAGAUUUGGGAGGAAAGAUAGCUAGGUAAGAGUUUGAAUUUGGGGCACCUGGGAGAAUAAUAGAACAUCUGCUAGAAAUGUAAGGACAGGGAGAGGAGGUCAUGUGGGGAAUUGCAUAGGGGAAGGUGGUUUUAAGAUGCCAACAAAAUGCCUAAUUGAAAAUUCUUAGUCAUUUGGAAAUGCAGGAUGAGUUUGGAAGAGGGGUUGGGACUAGACUCGGGAAGCAUUUCUGUAGAGGCGGAAAUGGAGCACCAGGUGUGCAUGGACUUUCUGCGGGAUAGCGGGAAGAACGCUGUACGCAGUCUGAGCCUUGGGCAGCAUCAGAAACUUGUCAAAACAGUCAAAAAGCUGCAGAGAAAUAAGGAGAAAAGGACUAUCGGAAUUAGAGCUCAGAAAUGCAUUGGCAGUUUUCAAGCAUGCGGUUUCAGGUGUGUGAGGGGUGGCAGGAGCAAAAAAAUGGCUUUGAGAAGAGUAGGUGGUGAUGAUGUGGCAUCAGUAGGUAUGUAGAAGAAGUUUGAUCAUGAAAGGAAAAUCUAAAUGAGAACUGUUUUGCCAGAGGGAGGCCAUGGGAUUCAGUGAAGAUAAUUUCACAUCGAGGAGGAUUAUAUCUGUUUGCAGAUAUGUGAAGAAGCUCCUGAAGCGAUGGGAGAUGCUGGAGAAAGGAAGAGUGGGUCAUGCAGGAAGCAGAUUCUGAGAGGAAACAAUGGUGGAAAAGAAAGUAGGACACAGAUGUAGGACGCUAAGGUAAAGUCCUGGAGAAGAGACAUUUCCAUUUUGCUGGCCUCACACCCAGGCUGCCUAGCACAUAACAGGUAUCCUCUUGGCCUCCUAGCAAGAUUCAAACCCCAGUCUCUCCUCAGGUUGAGGUUCUUUUUUAUAGUUACACCAAACUUCUUUUUCCAGGUAUUGAGAAUGAAGGUGAGUACAUAACUCACUGGUGUGUGGAGAUUUCUUGCUUCAUGGGUCACAAAACUACAAAACAAGACUGCUCUUCUACCCUCUUUCUCAUCCCACACCUCUGCCUCAUCAGGACUCGGCUCUUCUCUGCAAAGAGAGCACUCGGGAGGGAAUGGCUACUGUGUCUCCGACUACCAGAUUCCAGGACCCAGUGACAUUCGAGGACGUGGCGGUGGUUUUCACAGAUGAAGAGUGGAGGUGUCUGGUCCCUACUCAGAGAGCCCUCUACAAGGAGGUGAUGCUGGAGAACUAUAAGAGCAUUGUCUCGUUGGGACUUCCAGUUCCUGGACCUGAUGUGAUUUUUCAGUUGAAGAGAGGGGAUGAGCCUUGGAUAGUGGAGCUUCAUGGAUCUGAGGGGAAAGAAUGUGCAGAGAAUGUCUCACAAGACUGGGAGACUAAGCCUGAGAUUCAAGGUGCUUCAGAAGAAGAAAAAUCAGAAAGAACAUUGAGGGGAAAGCUUGGAAUGAAAGGUCCUUCACCUCCUAAAUUUGAAGUUCAUGUAGUGGAUGGUGGUUUGGGAACAGAGAAGGAAAGCCCUGCACUGGAGGCCUGCAAGAAAUCCCUUUCUCAGGAGGAAAGGUUGCAGCAUGGGGCAACCCCUCCCAAGAAAAUUCUCACUAAAGAGAGAGACCAGGAAUGCAGUGACUGUGGGAAGACCUUUUUUGACCACUCCUCCCUUAUUCGCCAUCAGAGGACUCACACUGGAGAGAAGCCCUAUGACUGUCCUGAGUGCGGGAAAGCCUUCAGUCACAGGAGCAGUCUCAGUAGACAUCUGAUGUCGCACACUGGGGAGAGCCCCUACGAGUGCAAUGCCUGUGGGAAAGCCUUUUUCGACCGUUCAUCCCUAACUGUACAUCAGCGAAUUCAUACUGGAGAGAAGCCCUUUAAAUGCAAUGAGUGUGGAAAAGCCUUCUUUGACCGCUCGUCCCUUACUCGACACCAGAGAAUUCAUACUGGAGAAAGUCCUUAUGAAUGUAAUCAGUGUGGGAAAGCCUUUAGCCAGAAAAGUAUUCUUACUCGACAUCAGCUAAUCCAUACGGGCAGGAAGCCGUAUGAAUGUAACGAGUGUGGGAAAGCCUUCUAUGGUGUCUCAUCACUGAAUAGACAUCAGAAAGCCCACGCUGGAGAGCCUCGCUAUCAGUGCAGCGAGUGCGGGAAAGCUUUCUUUGACCGCUCCUCCCUUACUCAACAUCAGAAGAUUCACACCGGAGACAAGCCAUAUGAAUGCAGCGAAUGUGGAAAAGCCUUUAGCCAGAGGUGCCGGCUUACGCGACACCAGAGGGUUCAUACAGGAGAGAAGCCCUUUGAAUGCAGCGUGUGUGGGAAGGUUUUCAGUUCCAAAUCAUCAGUUAUUCAACAUCAAAGGCGUUAUGCCAAACAGGGAAUAGACUGAGUUGAGCAAAAGCUUUAGUUAAAGGACCUCCAUGCAAACUCAAGAUAGGUCUUCCCCAACUUAAAUCCAUCUCCCAGUCAUUGCACCUAUUCUGGCUACUACUCUCCUUACCUGCCUCUGUUACCACAGUGUUUGAAGGAACAUUCUCUACCCACUGUGUUAUAGAGCUGAUGUGGGAUGCCAGAAAUUAGGAUGUGACUCUUUAGAGUCAACAUUUUGCAGAGGUUCGUCAGACGAUAGGGACAAACGUUAGGAGGCCAUCCUCAGACACACCUCUCGUCCUAGGCCCCAGGUAUCACUACACUUUAAAUAACUGGAGGCCACAGCAGGAGGGGAAGGCACACUAAUGUCAGAGCAAUACUGUUGUUUCCAGAACAGUUCUUUAUAGCCGUUAGUCCCUCUCUCUUGGAGACUUUUUGGGCACUGACCUUGUUCUGUUGUGUCCCAGCUUCUAGAUCUCUUAAUACUACUACUAGUAGCUAGCACUUAUUGAGUGCUUAUUAUGGGGCAAGCACUCAGCUGAGAGUUUUGCAAGGAGUAGAUUAUUUGCUCCUCUCACUAACCCUCUGAAGUAGGUACUGUUACUACCCACAUAUUACAGAUGAGCAAACUGAAGUUUAGAGGAGUUAAAUAACUUGCCCAAUAUGACAGCUAGUAAAAGGUGAAGCCAGGUCUUGAAUACAGGUCUCCCUUCAAAGUCUGUUCUCUUUACCAUAAUGCUAUAAGGUUUGUUUUAUAAUUUAUGUACAUGUAUUAUUUCCUCAACCAGGUUGUAAGCACUCGGAGUUGUGACUUAUAUGUCUUUGUAUCUCACACAGUGCCUUGCAAAUAAUAGGUGCUCAAUAAAUAGUUAUCUGAAUUAAU